AUGAAGUUACUCGCUCUGUCCUGUUUGAUUGUAGGAGUUUUGGCUGAGCCACCUCGCUACAGACCGGCGAGGUUCAGGUUCCAACGCCAGGAAGUAGCUCCGACGACAACUGACGCACCAACAGAAGCGACAACGGAAACCGAAAGCCCGUAUGCCGGAGGCCCAUAUCCGCCGUCCGGAUGGAAACCAGCCGGUGAAGCGUUUACAUUACCUAACGAAAAGGCACCAGCUGAUACUUACGGUGCACCGUUAGUAAGUGGUCCUUACCCGCCGUCGGGUUGGAAGCCUACCGGGCAGCCCUUCAAUUUGCCCCAAGAACAGCAGCUACCGGCAAUGACUUACGGUGCUCCAGACAACACGUAUGGGGCUCCGGACAGUACUAACGGAACUCCAACUGAAGCCACUACUACAGAAGCCACUGAAAGUGCUCAACCAGAGAAACUGGACGGUCCUGUAGAAGUGCAGAGUAGUGUUGGUUCGUACUUUGUUCUGUUACCUAACGGACAGUUGCAGAAGGUUGAGUUUUUAACGGAAAAUGACAUCCAGAACAUGAGGUACACCGCGCGAUUACAGCUUCAGGAUCGCGCUCCACUGUUUGUAUUCGGGCCCUGA